CGCGCGCGCCGCACGUCCCUCUGCUUGAAGAAGGCUCGACAAAUUCUGCGGGUUGUCCGCGCGCCGAAGCGAGCGAGCCGGGUCUUAAAGACAGAACUGUUUUACAUACAGAGAUAAUUACUGACAUGUCGGAUUUCGAGGAAUUUGAAAAACAGCUGAGCGAAAAUCGACAAGAGAGGGAGAAAGAGAGACACAAGAGGAGGAGCCGCAGCGGGUCUCCCGGGCGGAGUGAUAAACACCGCAGCUGGAGCAAGGACAGAGGGAGCCGCAGCCGAGACCGGAAGAGCCGCGACCGCAGGAGCUCCUCACGAGAGCACAAAAAACACAGUUACUCGCCAAGGAGAACGAGGAAGAAAAAGACCUGCAAGUACUGGGAUGUUCCACCUCCUGGCUUUGAACAUAUCACACCAAUGCAAUAUAAAGCUAUGCAAGCUGCGGGGCAAAUACCGACGAUAACCCUGCUGGCAACGUCCACUAUGAGUGGAGUAGCUGCAACACCAACCCAAGUGCCCAUAGUUGGCAGUCAGAUGACGAGACAAGCCAGGCGCCUUUAUGUUGGCAAUAUUCCCUUCGGAGUAACCGAGGAGUCCAUGGCAGAGUUUUUUAACGCCCAGAUGCGGCUCGCAGGCCUUUCACAAGCCCCCAGCAACCCUGUGCUUGCAGUGCAGAUUAAUCAGGAUAAGAACUUCGCAUUCCUGGAGUUUCGAUCUGUAGACGAGACCACACAGGCCAUGGCCUUUGACGGAAUCAAUUUCCAAGGUCAGUCAUUGAAGAUCAGGCGGCCUCAUGACUACCGGCCUUUACCGGGCAUUUCAGAACAACCUGCUUUCCACGUCCCAGGUGUUGUAUCCACUGUAGUUCCUGAUUCUCCCCAUAAACUGUUCAUAGGAGGCCUGCCUAACUAUCUUAACGAUGACCAGGUGAAAGAGCUUUUGACCUCGUUCGGCCCGCUCAGAGCGUUCAAUCUUGUCAAGGACAGUGCUACUUCACUGUCGAAAGGCUACGCCUUUUGCGAAUAUGUUGACAUCAGUGCAACUGACCAGGCAGUAGCCGGGCUGAAUGGAAUGCAGCUAGGCGACAAAAAGCUCAUUGUCCAAAGGGCUAGUGUGGGGGCUAAAAGCACCCAUCCUACAUCCAUUAUCGAGACCCCAGUCACCCUACAGGUCCCUGGACUGCAGAGGCUGCAGAACUCAGGCAUGCCCACAGAGGUGCUGUGCCUUCUCAACAUGGUGAUGCCCGAGGAGCUGGUGGAUGAUGAAGACUACGAGGAGAUCCUGGAGGACAUCCGUGAGGAGUGCUGCAAAUACGGCAGCGUGCGCUCCAUCGAGAUCCCUCGGCCCGUCGACGGCGUUGAAGUCCCUGGCUGUGGCAAGAUCUUCGUGGAGUAUGCAUCUGCUGCAGACUGCCAGAAAGCCAUGCAGGCCCUAACCGGCCGCAAGUUUGCCAACAGGGUGGUGGUCACCAAAUACUAUGACCCGGACAUGUAUCACAGACACGAGUUCUGAAAGCACCGACACAUCUGAUGGGGGGGGCGUCUGUCUCGCGAGAGGCCCGUCUUCCCCACUCCCCUCCUUUCUAAAGCUUGGUUUUGGUACAUCUGUAUUUCCCGCCCAGGUACUUCUUUGAAUGUCGUGAACAUGACUUUACAGACUAGGUCUGGAAAAGACUUGUUUUAUUUCGUAUAUCACAUCUUGUACAUUGUAUAUUCCGGAGUGUGUGCCGAGUAUCUCCUAAGCCGAGCUUAACGUGUGUUCAGUGGCCUGGUUUCACUCUGAACGAUGAGGCAAAUCAAAUACUGCAGUUUGCGUUACCGUGCGUUUACAGUCGAAUUACCGUCCUGUGUCCACUUUAACGAAACCCACUCAACAUCACCAGAGUAGCUGUCUUUCAAGCAGUGGCGGCUGGCCAGUACAGGGUGCUGGGGCACUGCCCCCUUCAAAUAUCAAGAGAUGAAAAUCUACUUCAACAUGUUAAAUAUCAUGCAGUUGUAUCAUGCAAAUAACGAUGAAAUAAACGUGUUUUCAGUCUGUCAGCAGCAUUAAAUACUG